CUGGAAAAAAACUGCUGUGACGGGCUAAAGCUAGCUAGCAUUGAGUGUGUUUGUGUCAGAGCUUCGAGUUGAUUCUUUGAACGGGAAACACUAGUCGGUUUUAAACAUUGAGUGGCCGACUUGUCGUCUGUCAACUCUUUCAACAAUGAAGUUUCAAUACAAAGAGGAGCAUCCAUUCGAGAAGAGGCGGUCUGAGGGCGAGAAAAUAAGGAAGAAGUACCCGGACAGGGUUCCAGUUAUUGUGGAAAAGGCUCCUAAAGCCAGAAUAGGAGAUCUGGAUAAGAAGAAGUACCUUGUCCCCUCUGACUUGACAGUGGGCCAGUUUUACUUCCUAAUCCGGAAAAGAAUCCACUUGCGAGCUGAGGAUGCUCUCUUCUUCUUUGUAAACAACGUCAUUCCACCCACCUCUGCCACCAUGGGCCUGUUGUAUCAGGAGCAUCACGAAGAGGACUUUUUCCUCUACAUUGCCUACAGUGAUGAGAGCGUGUAUGGAAGCAGCCAAAGGGAAAUCUGAUCUCCUUUCCACCACUUCCCAUCUUCCCCGGACCUCCACCAUCUAUUCAUUCAUUUAAAUAUUAAAUAUUAAAUCCAGCUCUGCAGCCUAGACUUCCCAGAAUAAACAUGUCAGUUGCACUUUCAUCUCUACAAUACAUCACUGCAUUCUCAGUGAAUGUGUCUUUAUUAUUCUGCAGUCUGAAUUGUAUUUCCUCCACUGUUCAAUAGCUAUUCUAAUUCUGUGGCCACUUUGCCAGUUCUUUUUUUUCUAGCGUCAUAACUGAUUAGUUUGAUGGUAGAAAGUGGAAAGGAAUGGAUCUAAUAAUCUUAGAAUGCAGCUGUUAUUGUGGUUGCAUCAAGUGUAAAGGAAGGAGGGCGGAUUAUGUUGAUGAUAAUAGUAACGCCCAGUUUUAGUCAACCUGCUUGGUAUAAAGGUAUUCUGAGUUUAGGUUAGGAUUAAUUUUUUCUGAUGGUGUGAAAGGAUAACUUUCCCAUCAGCGUUUUAAGUAAGAAAUUCUGAAACAGUGAAGUUGUCCUUUAAUUCCGCGCGCUAAUAAAAAUGUGAGAAUAUAUAAUGUACCAUCCCGCAUCUGAUCGUAGGAGUAAGAUAGAAUUCAGACUACACAAUCAUCCUCUGCUUUCAGUGGUAUGACUGUUUUGUUGGCUGCUUCUAUGAUUAAUGUUGUUAAUGUUCAUUUUAGGUUGCUUACUUUCUAAAGGUAUUGUAAAGCCGAGCGCAAUUUCUUCUUUUUUUUUAAAGUUUCUUUUUUUUAAUGGAAACAGUUUAAACUCUGUAUACGGCUACAUUACUGGCUAUUUCUCUCCAUUACCAUACGUGAUAAAAAUGUAAUGAAACUCAA